GCGUCUAUUUUUUUGUUUGUUUUGGAACAGAAAACUGUUUCAAUGACAUAAUCUUGUGAAAUUGUUGUGGGAAGACUUAAUUAUAAAUUGUUGCAUGUUGCAAAAAUAAUACUUUUCGGUUGUUGCAACAAAUGAUAUAAUGGCGUUGUUGAGAGGUAUCACGAAAAAUUUAGGAAGGGAACUAUUGCAGUCCAACAGGUCUGCAAGUGUACCAGUUUUGUUUUAUCACGAAAAUGUGAUUGAUCACUAUGAGAACCCAAGGAACGUUGGAUCCAUGGAUAAGAAUGACAAACGAGUGGGCACUGGCCUGGUCGGAGCUCCUGCAUGUGGUGAUGUUAUGAAGUUACAGAUUAAAGUGGAUGAAAAUGGAAAAAUAAUUGAUGCUAAAUUCAAGACUUUUGGAUGUGGUUCUGCUAUUGCUUCUAGUUCUCUUGCCACGGAAUGGGUUAAAGGAAAAACUCUGGAUGAAGCUGGGAAACUGAAGAAUACAGAUAUAGCAAAAGAACUUUCUCUUCCACCAGUGAAGCUUCACUGCUCAAUGCUGGCUGAAGAUGCUAUCAAAGCUGCUCUCGCAGACUACAAGGUAAAGCAAGAUGGCAAGAAAGAGAAAAUGAAAUCAUCCUCCUAAAACACUUGGAAUCAUGUAACUCCCUGGAAGAUAAUGCACAGAAAUUAGUCGGCUUAGUCUUCAAAGUUAUUAUGUAAAUUUUUAUGUAAAAUAAACACUAUAUACUUAAGGUUUAAA